AUGAUUCCUCAAACACAGAUUGAAGCAGUUAUGGAUUAUGAACAAAUGUCCAAGUUUAUAACUUGGGUAGCAUUUAGGAUGUUAAAGCAACCUCAUAAUCCAUCGAUUAACUUCGAACAACUGCUUAAUCUGUUACUCUAUGCUACCCGUUUGACGAAAACAACCAUCUUGGUUGCUAUAGAAUAUCUCAACCAGAGGUUUUCCCACUUGGAAGUCCCAUUCAUGGAUGAAGGCGAAGUCUUCACCCUUUUGGUGGUCUCCAUGAUGUUGGCAAAUAAGAGUCAGGAUGAUGCUACAUUCACUGCUCGUUCAUGGUCCCAAGCCAGUGGUAUCAGAUUGGAGAUGUUGAAUGAGUACGAGAGAAAAUGGCUCGAAGCUAUCAAGUGGGAUUUGUUUAUCAAUAAGUUCCUGGAAAACAUUGAAAUCUUGGAAAAAUGUUGGUACACUUACUUGCAAAAUGGUUAUAAUACAACCGCGCCUACUGUUGGUGUUGCUGGUGCUACUCCUCCUUCAAUUAGUGGUAGUACCGCGUCGCUCACCCCAACUGGACUCACUUCCUCGGCAACUAUGGCUACUGGUGUUGGCGUUGGUAUUGGUGCUGCCGCUGCAGCUACUACUACCAUGUCUCAAUACAAUAGCAACUAUAACUAUGGGUAUGAUGAACCAUCUUAUUCAUCCUACAGUUACUAUCCACAACAAUCCUAUAGUUAUUAUCCACAAUCAUAUAACUACUACUAUUCUCAACCUACCCAACAUGUUCCUGUUCCUCCAGCUGCUCCAAUGCCAUCAUUAUAUUACGAUCCAGUUGUAAUCCUGGUAUUCCCUUAG